CUCAUAUCUACAAGACAUGGUUUUGGAUUCCCUCAAGUGUCGGGCUAUGAGCAGGAUGUGUACUUGACCCACGAUUGGUUUCAUUAACAAGAGUUUUGAGAGAUACCAUUCCCUGUCUAAAAGGUUCUUUUGUCCUGCAAUUGGUUUUGUUGAAACUGAGAUGAUGUUGGCGAAGAUUAUCCAAAGAUAUCUACGACGUGAAGAAGCGAUGCUAAUAUUCCCCCCCACAUGGGAAUAUCUUCUAUUGCUGGGUUCUUCUUCAUAUAUUGUCCUUAGAACUGCAGCUUUUAAUAUAUAUAAAUAUGCGACCAACUGUUUCCUGCGAAUGGCUACCUUGCUCAAAGCUUUUGGCCUCCUUAAUUCUCCUCGUCAAGAUCAUCAUCUUCAUCUUCACAAGAGCUUCAACAACAAGUUCAACAUGCCCAAGGGUCGACCUGUUUCCCUCCAGACGGUUGUACUUAAAGUAAGGAUGUGCUGCACCGGUUGCGAAAGGGUUGUUAAAAACGCCAUCUACAAACUCAAAGGAAUUGAUUCAGUGGAAGUAGAACUGGAAAUGGAGAGGGUGACUGUUACUGGAUACGUUGAUAGAAACAAAGUGCUUAAAGCAGUUAGAAGAGCGGGGAAGCGGGCUGAGUUCUGGCCAUACCCUAAUCCACCACUUUACUUCACAUCAUCUUACAAUUAUUUCCAAGACACAACAAGCGAUUUCAAAGAGAGCUACAAUUACUACAGACAUGGCUAUAAUAUGGCAGAUAAGCACGGCAACAUUCAUGUGUCUCAACGUGGAGAUGACAAAGUUAGCAACUUUUUCAAUGAUGACAAUGUCCAUGCUUGUUCUCUUAUGUAGUCUCUUAUCAUACAAACACUUCACCAAUAUAUGUAUUUAUAUAUAUUAUUACAAUGUGUAAAUUAAAUCAUGUCUCAGAUCCUUGUUGGUUGAAUGUGUACCCUUACUUUUUAUGUG